UUUCAUUUCACUUUAUUUCGUUCGCAUGUACGCACGUUGGCCGCGGAGCAACAUCUCUCCACCGAAACAAAAACAGAAACCGAAACAGAAACAUCAACAGCAACAACAGCAACAGCAAAAGCAACAACAACAACAGAAAAACAAAACCCAAAAACAAACAACACAGCAACACGGCAGCAGCCGUCGCUCAGACGCGGAACUUGGCUCGAACUUUAGAUUAGUUUUCCAGUGGCCAGUGACUAGAGUGCGGCGGUAUCGGGCGAAACGGUUGACGGUUAACGGUUAACGGUUAACGGUUGACAACCAAUGGUUAAGCACGCGCGUAACCCUUUUUUUUAAGUUUAUCAAAGUUUUAGUGGUUUUGAAAGCAAAAUUCAAAAAUUCAAAAAUAUAAAAACAGCAUACAUUGUAAAUGUAAAGUAUAGGCAAGAAUCGAAAGCCAAGAGUGGUAUGUGCCCUUAGUUUUGACCCAAGACUAAGACCCCCCAAAGAUCUUAAAAUAAAGACCCCUGACACCCACAUACCAUACACCAUACACCACACACCACACACCAACCCACCCAACCUCACACAGUCUCAUUUCUCAGUCUCAAUCUCAAACUCAAACUCAAUCUCAAUCUCAUUUCGAGGAUCAAGAGAAAAGGAGCAGCAACAUCAAUCGAUUCAUUAUGUUUAUAUAUAUAUAUUUUUUUUUGGAGUGAUUUAAGUUUGGCAAUGGACGCAGACUUCUUCUUCUAAACAGAGGAAACCGAAGGAAUAUCGUGUUAUGGCUUAGAAGAAGAAGUCCAUGGACAAAUGGUUGUUGUGAUCAAAAGUGUUUAUUGAAAUGUGUUUGAAAGUCGGUGGUUGCCCAGUCAAGAUGGCCCAGCAUCAUUCGUUUGUCCGUCUGUAUCUGCCCACCUAGAAGCUAGCCCAAAUGAAUGCCCAGCAGCCGCUGAUCCUGGAGCCCAAGGCCAGCAGUGGUGUUGUUGUGGCAGCUGCCGAAAUCGAGGCGGCAACGAGCACAGAAGCGGCUGUGGCGCCAUCAGUGUCCACGGAAGCGUCAGUGGCGGACUCGUAUCCUCAGCUAAAUGGCGGUCAUGAGGAGCAGCGUGUCAAUGGUAAUCACAGCUGUCGGCGAGAUCAGGCAGAGGAUCUUUCAGAUCAGCAGGAUGACCCUGAUCAGGUCAAAGAUGUGGCCAACAAGCUGACCAUUAUCAAGACGCCGCUAAACAAGACGCUGCUUAAGAAGUGCAACAGCAAUGGCAGCCUGCAACUGCCGCACAGCAACAAUGGCAACAACAACAACAAUAAUAUCGGCAACAGCAACAUCAGCAGCCACAGCAACAACAACAACAACAACAGUCGCAACAACAGCAACAGUGCGGCCAGUGACGACGUCGACGGCGCCUGCGAUUCCGGUUUGCAAAGCGGAAAUAGCAAUGAACAAGAACCAUUUGCCAACAACGAUCGCCAUCAUCACAUCUACCACCACCAUCAUCAUCACUAUCAUCAUCAUCAUGGCGGUGAUAAGGGCGGAGCGGGCGGCGAUGUUGCAUCCUCAUCGUCAUCGGAUUUGACGCAGGUCAAGGAUGAGCCAGCCGGACAGGAUAAUGACAAUCAUCAUUUGAAAUCAGGGGCAGCUGUGGCAGCGACAAUAACACCUGCCACGGGUACGGGUGCAGGACCUGCUUCACCUGCGGCCACGUGCAACCCCAGCAAGUGCAACAAGUGCAAUUCUCACAACAACAACAGCCACUGCAACAAUAAUAAUAAUACCAUCAAUAAUAAUAAUAAUAAUAACAACAACAACAAUAAUAAUAAUAAUAAUAAUAAUAAUAAUAAUACAAGCAGCAAUACCAACAACAACAACAACAACAACAAUAAUCAUUACAACAAUUACAAUAACUAUUAUAAGAAAAAGUCUCGUAUGCCGCCCAUUUGCCGAAUUAUGACACUGAGCCGUGGCCCUUACAGCGAGCUCGAUAAAAUGAGCCUUUUUCAAGACCUCAAACUCAAACGGCGGAAAAUCGAUUCGCGAUGCAGCAGUGACGGCGAGUCUAUAGCGGACACGUCCACCUCGUCGCCGGAUCUGCUGGCGCCCAUGUCGCCGAAGCUCUGUGACAGCGGUUCGGUGGCGACGUCGGCAGGGACGUCAAUGCCCCUACCGCUAGCGUUGCCACUGCCCCUGCCCUUACCACUGCCCAUGUCGUUGCCCCUGCCCUUAACGGCGGCAUCGUCAGCGGUCACCGUUUCGCUGGCAGCGGUCGUUGCGGCGGUGGCCGAAACGGGCGGACCGGGGUCGGGAGGUGCUGGGACAGCAGUAACAGCCUCGGGAGCGGGACCCUGCGUCUCCACAUCGUCCGCGACGGCGGCAGCAGCCACAUCCUCGACCUCCUCGCUCUCGUCCUCCUCCUCUUCAUCCUCCUCCACGUCCUCCAGCAGCACCUCCUCCACCUCGCCGACAGCUGGAGCCUCCUCCACGGCCACCUGCCCCGCCAGUAGUAGCAGCAGCAGCAGCAGCGGCGGAGGAAGUUCGGGCAAGAGUGGCAACAUAAAGCAGGAGCACACGGAAAUCCACUCCUCGAGUAGUGCGAUUUCAGCGGCAGCCGCCUCAACGGUGAUGUCACCACCGCCUGCAGAAGCGACGAGAUCCAGUCCAGCCACGCCGGAUAUGAGCGGACCAACUGGUGUAGGAUCAGGAGCAACAGGAGUAGGAGGAGCAGGAGCCACGAGCGGUGGAGCAACGUCAGGAGUGGCGAUCAAUGAACACCAAAACAAUGGCAACGGCAGUGGGGGAAGUAGUCGAGCCUCGCCCGAUUCGCUAGAGGAGAAGCCCUCUACGACGACUACGACUGGUCGUCCAACGAUAACGCCCACAAAUGGAGUACUGUCCUCGGCCUCAGCGGGCACGGGAAUAACCACAGGGAGCAGCGCGAAGCUGAGCGAGGCGGGCAUGAGUGUGAUACGCUCCGUAAAGGAGGAGCGAUUGCUCAGCGUGUCCAGCAAGAUGCUGGCCUUUCAUCAACAGCGCGAGCAGGAGACCAAAGCGGCGACAGCUGCAGCAGCAGCAGCAGCGGCGGCGGGACACGUCACAGUUUUAGUGACGCCAUCGCGGAUCAAAUCAGAACCACCGCCGCCGGCCUCACCCUCCUCCACAUCCAGUACACAAAGAGAAAGGGAACGAGAUAGGGAUCGUGAUCGAGAAAGGGAACGAGAGCGGGAGCGAGAGCGAGAACGGGAACGGGAACGGGAACAGUCCAUCAGCUCCUCGCAACAGCAUUUGAGCCGGGUCUCAGCCAGUCCACCGACUCAACUGUCCCAUGGCAGCCUGGGACCAAACAUCGUUCAGACGCACCAUCUCCAUCAGCAACUCACCCAGCCGCUGACGCUGCGCAAGAGUAGCCCGCCCACAGAGCAUCUGUUGAGCCAGUCCAUGCAACAUCUCACCCAGCAGCAGGCGAUCCACCUGCACCAUUUGCUCGGCCAGCAGCAACAGCAACAGGCGUCGCAUCCCCAGCAGCAACAGCAGCAGCAGCACUCGCCCCACUCCUUGGUGCGGGUGAAGAAGGAACCGAAUGUGGGCCAGCGUCACCUGUCGCCGCAUCAUCAGCAACAGUCGCCGCACCUGCAGCACCACCAGCAGCAACAGCAGCAGCAGCAGCAACAUUUGCACCAGCAACAGCAGCAACAGCAACACCAUCAGCAGCAGCAACCCCAGGCACUUGCCCUUAUGCAUCCCGCUUCCCUGGCGCUGAGGAACAGCAAUCGCGACGCGGCCAUUCUGUUUAGGGUAAAGAGCGAGGUGCACCAGCAGGUGGCCGCCGGACUGCCGCACCUUAUGCAAUCGGCCGGAGGAGCAGCUGCGGCAGCAGCAGCAGCAGUGGCCGCCCAGCGGAUGGUUUGCUUCAGCAAUGCCAGGAUCAAUGGAGUGAAACCGGAGGUGAUUGGGGGUCCGCUGGGCAACCUGCGACCCGUGGGCGUCGGUGGUGGGAACGGUGGUGGCUCCGUGCAGUGCCCCUCUCCGCAUCCCUCCUCCUCUUCGUCAUCCUCGCAACUGUCGCCGCAGACGCCAUCACAGACCCCGCCCCGUGGCACGCCCACCGUUAUCAUGGGCGAGAGUUGCGGGGUACGCACCAUGGUCUGGGGCUACGAGCCACCACCACCAUCGGUGGGUCAGUCACAUGGCCAGCACCCGCAGCAACAACAGCAGUCGCCCCACCACCAGCCACAACAGCAACAGCAGCAGCAACAGCAGUCGCAGCAGCAACAGCAGCAAUCGCAACAGCAACAGUCGUUGGGCCAGCAGCAGCAUUGCCUGUCCUCGCCCUCGGCAGGAUCGCUGACACCCUCCUCCUCCGGUGGCGGUUCGGUCUCGGGAGGCGGAGUGGGUGGACCACUUACUCCUUCAUCGGUGACGCCGCAGAACAACGAGGAGGCUGCCCAGCUGCUUCUCUCCCUUGGACAGACACGCAUCCAGGACAUGAGAUCACGACCACAUCCCUUCCGCACCCCGCAUGCCCUCAACAUGGAAAGGCUGUGGGCGGGCGACUAUUCACAAUUGCCGCCCGGCCAGCUGCAGGCCCUCAAUCUCAGCGCCCAGCAGCAGCAGUGGGGCAACAGCAACUCCACGGGUCUCGGCGGUGUCGGCGGUGGCCUCGGUGGACGUAGUCUGGAGGCACCACACGAGCCGACCGACGAAGACGAGCAGCCGCUCGUGUGCAUGAUCUGCGAGGACAAGGCCACCGGCCUGCACUACGGCAUCAUCACGUGCGAGGGGUGCAAGGGCUUCUUUAAGCGGACGGUGCAGAACCGACGCGUCUACACCUGCGUGGCGGACGGCACCUGCGAGAUAACCAAAGCACAGCGGAACCGUUGUCAGUAUUGUCGAUUUAAGAAGUGCAUCGAGCAGGGCAUGGUGCUGCAAGCCGUUCGCGAGGAUCGCAUGCCGGGCGGUCGCAACAGCGGCGCCGUCUACAAUUUGUACAAGGUGAAGUACAAGAAGCACAAGAAGACCAAUCAGAAGCAGCAGCAGCAACAGGCCGCCCAGCAGCAACAGCAGCAGGCGGCGGCGCAGCAGCAACACCAACAACAGCAGCAGCAUCAACAGCACCAACAUCAGCAGCACCAGCAACAGCAGUUGCACUCGCCGCUGCAUCAUCAUCACCACCAGGGUCACCAGCCGCACCAUGCGCAGCAGCAGCACCACCCACAGCUGUCGCCGCAUCACCUGUUGUCACCGCAGCAACAGCAACUUGCCGCUGCCGUGGCAGCAGCUGCGCAACACCAACAGCAACAGCAACAACAGCAGCAGCAGCAACAGGCCAAGCUGAUGGGUGGCGGCGGGGUAGAUAUGAAGCCCAUGUUCCUGGGUCCUGUUCUCAAGCCGGAAUUGCUGCAGGCACCGCCCAUGCACAGCCCGGCCCAGCAACAGCAGCAGCAACAGCAGGCCUCGCCACAUCUCUCUCUGAACUCGCCGCAUCAGCAACAGCAACAGCAGGGCCAGCAUCAGAAUCACCACCAGCAACCGAGUGGUGGUGGCGGUGGAGCAGGAGGAGGAGGAGCCCAACUGCCGCCGCAUCUGGUGAACGGAACAAUACUGAAGACGGCCCUGACCAAUCCCAGCGAGAUUGUGCAUCUGCGCCACCGACUCGACUCGGCGGUCAGUUCGUCCAAGGACCGACAGAUCUCGUACGAGCACGCCUUAGCCAUGAUUCAGACACUGAUCGACUGCGACGCCAUGGAGGACAUUGCCACACUGCCGCACUUCAGCGAGUUCCUCGAGGACAAGUCUGAGAUCAGCGAAAAGCUGUGCAACAUCGGCGAUUCGAUAGUACACAAGCUGGUGUCGUGGACAAAGAAGCUUCCCUUCUACCUGGAGAUCCCGGUGGAGAUACACACCAAGCUGCUGACGGACAAAUGGCAUGAGAUCCUCAUCCUGACCACGGCCGCUUACCAAGCGUUGCAUGGCAAGCGAAGGGGUGAGGGGCCGGGCAGCAGGCAUGGUUCACCGGUUUCAACGCCGCUGGCCACGCCAACUGCCACUCCAUUAGGCACGCCGAUACCCUCGCCCGCACAGCCGCUGCACAAGGACGAUCCGGAGUUCGUCAGCGAAGUGAACUCGCAUCUGAGCACCCUGCAAACCUGCCUGACCACGCUGAUGGGCCAGCCGAUAGCCAUGGAGCAAUUGAAGCUGGAUGUCGGUCACAUGGUGGACAAGAUGACCCAGAUCACCAUCAUGUUCCGGCGCAUCAAGCUCAAGAUGGAGGAAUACGUCUGUCUGAAGGUCUACAUACUGCUGAACAAAGCAGAAGUGGAACUGGAGAGCAUCCAGGAGCGGUACGUCCAGGUUCUGCGAUCCUACCUGCAAAACUCCUCGCCGCAGAAUCCGCAGGCGAGGCUCAGCGAGCUGCUCUCCCACAUACCGGAGAUCCAGGCUGCGGCCAGUCUGCUACUCGAGAGCAAGAUGUUCUAUGUACCCUUCGUGCUCAACUCGGCGAGCAUAAGGUAGCAGAUGCUUGA